AUGACUUUUUCAAAAGCAUCAGCGAUCAUCCUUGUUUUAAUCAUUUGUUUAAGUUCAUUUAUAACAGCAUCAGAAAUGGCAGUUCCAGUUAAAUUAACAGCAGAAGAGAGACCAGCUUUAUUAGCUACCAUCCCACAAUGGGCUAUGGUCGAAGGAGGAAGAGACGCUAUCAAGAGAACUUACCUCUUUGCUGAUUUCAAUCAAGCUUUCAGUUUUAUGACUCGUGUUGCUUUGGUUGCUGAACAAAUGGCUCAUCACCCAGAAUGGUUCAAUGUAUACAACAGAGUCGAGAUUACUCUUGCUACUCAUGAUUGCAAUGGUUUGUCAAUGAAUGAUAUUAAUUUGGCAAAGACAAUGGAUACCUUUUUCGGUCAAUACAAACUAUAA